AUGGACGCGACGCUUGUUAUCAGAGCGGGCGCUCCCAAGGACUUCAAGCUAGAUGGCUUGGGUACAUUUUAUUGCUGUUUUGCUGCCAUCUGGACAGCCAUUCUCGUCGGAGGCAUGGUAUUUUUGUACAGGAAACGCGAUAUGCCCAUCCUGAGGAUCCGUGGCUUGGCAUUGUCGUUUGGCUCCGUCAUUUUACUGCACAUUUAUUGGCUUGCCGUCCAAUUUGGUUACCUGUAUGGCAAGUGGAUGACCGCUGGUGUUGAGUUCUGGAUCAUGGGCAUCUGGCUACCUUUCGGCAUUGCCCUGUUCCACGCCUCCAACUCUCGUUUUCUAUACGUUGCGGAGAUGCAGAAGCGAUUUAUUCGAUCGGAUGCCAUGGAGAAGCGAGUGCCACAGACCGGCAAGAAGACAUUACUUCAACGAUACAAGGCACUCGACUACACGACAAGAAUGCUGGCAGUUGUCGGCGCUGGAAUGGCCAUCCAGUUCUUCUUGACACUUAUCAUGUUCCUCGUUUCCCGCAAGUUCCAUCCCAGCUUCGGCGUUCCAGGAACCGAGACUCACGGAACUCCCGAGGAGCAAGCGGCACAGGCCAAGGUGGGCUGGGAGUGGUGGCCGUCCGUCUUCUGGCAGUGCAUCUGGGCCUGGCUCGUUGCUCCCUAUAUUCUUUGGAAGGCUCGGGGUCUUCACGACAGCCUUGGAUGGAGGGUACAGACCAUCGGGUGCUGUAUUGCUUCUCUUCAUGCUACCCCAAUGUGGCUUGUCGCUCUUUAUGUUCCCCAGAUGGGUGUUGUUAACCAAUACUUCAUCCCCCCCCAAUGGAUUGCUAUCUCGAUCAUGAUCAUUGAGAUCUUCACCAUUUUCCUGCCUUGCUGGGAGGUGGUGAAGCACCAAACGCUUCGACAGGAGACAUUGGAGUCUAUUGCUCGCUGGGAAGCCCGCAAUAAGCUCAAUGGUAACGGGUCGCUUGAUACUGGAAGCACCCACGCCUCUUGGAUUCCAGGAAAGCCUCGAAAGAAAGCCGCCUCGAUCGGUUCAUCUGGUAGCAGUGUCUUGACUAUGGAUGCGCUCGAGCAUACUCUCGUGAAAAACCCAGAGCCACUGCAACAAUUCUCUGCCCUGAAAGAUUUCUCUGGUGAAAACAUCGCCUUCCUUCGCCGUGUUGCGGAGUGGAAGGUUAAGCAUUAUGGUAUCAAGCUGUCGGACGGUCGUCGCAUUGGCGACCGAGAUGACGAUGACGAUGUUGAUGAGCGUGCUAGCUUUGAAGAGGCACUUCAUAUCUACACCGACUUCAUCAGUAGCCGAGGUGCCGAGUUCCAAAUCAACCUCUCAUCCAUUGAUUUUAAGAAGCUCUCUACUAUAUUUGAGAAUGCUGCACGAAUCCUCUACGGCGACGAGCCUGCGCCUGAUCCAGCCCUUCCUUUCGAGACCGCUAAUUGGCGCAUUGAUGGGAAGAACGAUGCUGCUUCCACAAACUCUGAGGUAGCCAUUGUCAUGACGGAGACGACUAGAUCUGCCAAGGAAGGUAUGAUGGACAAAGUCCGUUUUUGGGGCGCCAUUCCUCAAGAUUUCGGUGAAGACGUUUUCGACGACGCCGAGAUGCACAUCAAGUAUCUUGUCUUGACCAACACCUGGCCCAAAUACGUCAAGGCACGCCGCUCCAUGGACUCGAUCGAGUCAUUAGAGGCGUCUGGCAAUUCUGCAUAG